GUUUUGUGUAGCUUGAUUAAAGCUGUUAACUGUCAAUUAAUAAUCCUCAGUUGUAAAUGUAUUUCAUCACUCAGGUGUGUAUUUAUACUGAGUUUCUCAUCAGACAGGUUAAAAGAUGGGGGAUGCUGCCAUGGCAGAGUUUGGAGCUGCUGCUCCUUUUUUAAGAAAGUCAGAUAGGGAGCGUCUGGAAGCUCAGACUCGUCCUUUUGACAUGAAGAGGGAGUGCUUCGUUCCUGAUCCCGAGGUCGAAUACGUGAAAGCAACCAUUACAAGCCGUGAUGGUGACAAAGUCACUGCUGAAACUGAAUUUGGAAAGACCGUUACUGUGAAAGAGAGCGAUGUACAUCCUCAGAAUCCGCCAAAGUUUGAUAAAAUUGAAGACAUGGCGAUGUUCACCUUCCUGCAUGAGCCAGCUGUGCUGUUUAACCUCAAAGAGCGUUAUGCAGCAUGGAUGAUCUAUACCUACUCUGGGCUGUUCUGUGUGACUGUCAACCCCUACAAGUGGCUGCCAGUCUACAACCAGGAGGUGGUUGUUGCCUACAGAGGAAAGAAGAGGAGUGAAGCUCCUCCUCACAUCUUCUCCAUCUCUGAUAAUGCAUACCAGUACAUGCUCUCAGACAGGGAGAACCAGUCGAUCCUGAUUACUGGAGAAUCUGGAGCAGGAAAGACUGUAAACACCAAACGUGUCAUCCAGUACUUUGCCAGCAUUGCUGCUGUACCAGGGGGAGGAAAAAAGGAUGCUGCUGCUGAGAAGAAGGGUACCCUGGAGGAUCAAAUCAUCCAGGCUAACCCUGCUCUGGAGGCCUUUGGAAAUGCCAAGACCAUCAGGAAUGACAACUCUUCCAGAUUUGGUAAAUUUAUUCGUAUUCAUUUUGACAAUAGAGGAAAACUUGCCUCUGCUGACAUUGAGACUUAUCUUUUGGAAAAAUCCCGGGUAACUUAUCAGCUCAAAGCUGAAAGGGAUUACCACAUAUUUUACCAAAUAUUGUCUCAAGUAAAGCCAGAACUGCUGGAAAUGCUGCUCAUCACCAACAACCCCUAUGACUACGCCUUCAUCUCCCAAGGAGAGACGACAGUAGCAUCCAUCAAUGAUUCAGAGGAGCUGUUGGCCACUGAUGAAGCUUUUGAUGUGCUGGGCUUCACUCAAGAGGAAAAAAACAGCAUGUACAAGUUGACUGGUGCCAUUAUGCAUCAUGGUAACAUGAAGUUCAAGCAAAAGCAGCGAGAGGAGCAGGCUGAAGCAGACGGCACUGAAGAUGCUGACAAAGCAGCUUAUCUGAUGGGCUUGAACUCUGCUGACUUGAUCAAAGGUCUCUGUCAUCCCAGAGUCAAAGUAGGGAAUGAGUGGGUCACCAAGGGACAGAAUGUUAACCAGGUGUACUAUGCUGUUGGUGCACUGUCCAAGGCAGUGUAUGAGAAAAUGUUCCUGUGGAUGGUCAUAAGAAUCAACCAGUCAUUGGACACCAAGCAGCCCAGACAGUACUUCAUCGGAGUGCUGGACAUUGCUGGAUUUGAGAUUUUUGAUUUCAACACCUUUGAGCAGCUGUGCAUCAACUUCACUAAUGAAAAACUGCAACAGUUUUUCAACCAUCACAUGUUUGUGCUGGAGCAAGAAGAGUACAAGAAAGAAGGAAUUGAAUGGACCUUCAUUGAUUUUGGUAUGGAUCUGCAGGCUUGCAUAGAUCUGAUUGAAAAGCCCAUGGGUAUCAUGUCCAUCCUUGAAGAGGAGUGCAUGUUUCCCAAAGCCAGUGAUGCCACCUUCAAAGCUAAGCUUUAUGACAACCACUUGGGAAAAUCUAAUAACUUCCAGAAACCCAGGAAUGUCAAAGGAAAACCAGAGGCCCAUUUUUCCCUGGUUCAUUAUGCAGGAACUGUUGACUAUAACAUCAACAACUGGCUGGUGAAGAACAAAGAUCCUCUGAAUGAGACGGUGGUUGGAUUGUACCAGAAGUCAACCGUGAAACUGCUUGCUACUCUGUUUGCCAACUAUGCUGGAGCUGAUUCAGUUCAAGAAAGUGGUGGAAAGGGCAAAGGUAGUGGCAGCAAAAAGAAAGGCUCUUCUUUCCAAACGGUGUCUGCUCUACACAGGGAAAAUCUCAACAAGCUGAUGACCAACCUGCGGUCCACUCACCCUCACUUUGUGCGCUGCAUCAUCCCCAACGAGACCAAGACUCCUGGGGCCAUGGAGAACCCUCUGGUGAUGCACCAGCUGCGCUGUAACGGCGUGCUGGAAGGCAUCAGGAUCUGCAGAAAGGGCUUCCCAAACAGGAUCCUCUACGGGGAUUUCAAGCAGAGGUACCGCAUCUUAAAUCCCAGUGCCAUUCCCGAAGGACAGUUUAUUGACAACAAAAAAGCUUCUGAGAAGCUUUUGGGCUCCUUGGAUAUUGACCACAAUCAGUACAAACUGGGGCACACCAAGGUGUUUUUUAAAGCUGGACUUCUUGGUCUUCUGGAAGAGAUGCGAGAUGACCGCUUGGCCCUUAUUAUCACCAGAAUCCAGGCCAGAUCACGAGGUGUUUUGGCAAGAAUUGAAUUCCAAAAGAUUGUGGAACGCAGGGAUGCUCUACUAGUGAUCCAGUGGAACAUUCGUGCCUUCAUGGGUGUCAAGAAUUGGCCUUGGAUGAAGCUGUACUUUAAGAUCAAACCCCUGCUAAAAUCAGCAGAAACUGAGAAGGAGAUGGCCAACAUGAAGGAAGAGUUUGCCAAACUAAAGGAAGCGUAUGCAAAAUCGGAAUCUCGUAGAAAAGAACUGGAAGAAAAAAUGGUUUCUCUUCUCCAAGAGAAGAACGACCUGCAGCUCCAAGUUCAGGCGGAACAAGAUAAUCUUUGUGAUGCUGAAGAAAGAUGUGAGGGACUCAUAAAGAGUAAAAUUCAGCUGGAGGCUAAAAUCAAAGAGCUGACUGAAAGGCUGGAGGAUGAAGAGGAGAUUAAUGCUGAACUGACUGCCAAAAAGAGAAAGCUGGAAGACGAAUGCUCUGAGUUAAAGAAGGACAUUGAUGACCUGGAGCUAACUCUGGCUAAAGUGGAGAAGGAGAAGCAUGCCACUGAGAACAAGGUGAAAAACCUGACAGAGGAGAUGGCUGCUUUGGAUGAAAUCAUAGCCAAGCUCACCAAGGAGAAGAAAGCUUUACAAGAAGCUCAUCAGCAAACGCUGGAUGACCUGCAGAGUGAGGAAGACAAAGUCAACACUCUGACCAAGGCCAAAGCUAAGCUGGAGCAGCAAGUGGACGAUCUUGAGGGGUCCCUCGAACAGGAGAAGAAAAUCCGGAUGGACCUUGAAAGAGCAAAGAGGAAGCUUGAAGGAGAUCUGAAGUUGGCCCAAGAAAGUGUCAUGGAUCUUGAAAAUGACAAGCAGCAACUUGAAGAGAGACUGAAAAAGAAAGAUUUUGAAAUCAGUCAACUUAAUGGUAAAAUAGAAGAUGAACAGGCAAUGUGCGCCCAACUCCAGAAGAAGCUCAAAGAGCUGCAGGCUCGCAUUGAAGAGCUUGAGGAGGAACUUGAAGCAGAGCGAGCUGCUCGGGCCAAAGUGGAGAAGCAGAGAGCAGACUUGGCUCGGGAGCUGGAGGAGAUCAGUGAGAGGCUGGAAGAAGCUGGAGGAGCCACGGCUGCUCAGAUCGAGAUGAACAAGAAGAGGGAGGCCGAGUUCCAGAAACUCCGCAGAGACCUUGAAGAGGCCACUCUGCACCAUGAAUCCACAACUGCUGCACUAAGAAAGAAACAGGCAGACAGUGUGGCUGACCUGGGAGAGCAGAUUGACAACCUGCAGAGAGUCAAGCAGAAACUGGAGAAGGAGAAGAGCGAGCUCAAACUGGAGCUGGAUGAUGUGGUUUCCAACAUGGAACAGAUUGUAAAGUCUAAGAACAAUUUGGAGAAAAUGUGCAGAUCUCUGGAGGACCAGAUGAAUGAAUAUAAAACCAAGUCUGAGGAAGGACAGCGCACCAUCAACGACUUCACCAUGCAGAAAGCUAAGCUUCAAACUGAAAAUGGUGAACUUCAAAGACAGCUGGAGGAGAAAGGCUCCCUGGUGUCUCAACUCACCAGAGGAAAACAGUCUUAUACUCAGCAGAUUGAUGACCUGAAACGACAGCUUGAAGAAGAAGUCAAGGCCAAGAACGCCUUAGCCCAUGCUGUGCAGUCAGCUCGCCAUGACUGCGACCUCCUCAGGGAGCAGUAUGAGGAGGAGCAGGAGGCCAAGGCUGAGCUGCAGCGCAGCAUGUCCAAAGCCAACUCUGAGGUGGCUCAGUGGAGAACAAAGUACGAAACUGACGCCAUCCAGAGGACUGAGGAACUGGAAGAAGCCAAGAAGAAGCUGGCUCAGCGUUUACAGGACGCUGAGGAGGCUGUUGAAGCAGUGAAUGCUAAAUGUUCCUCUCUGGAGAAGACCAAACACAGACUGCAGAAUGAGAUUGAAGAUCUCAUGGUGGAUGUGGAGAGGUCAAAUGCUGCUGCUGCAGCUCUGGACAAGAAGCAGAGGAACUUUGACAAGGUCUUGGCAGAAUGGAAGCAAAAGUAUGAAGAGUCCCAAUCAGAGCUGGAAAGUUCACAAAAGGAAGCCAGAUCUCUGAGUACUGAGCUCUUCAAACUGAAGAACUCAUAUGAAGAGGCCCUGGAGCAUCUGGAGACCAUGAAAAGAGAAAACAAGAACCUACAAGAGGAAAUAUCUGACCUGACUGAGCAAAUUGGUGAGGGUGGAAAGAGCAUUCACGAGCUUGAGAAGAUUCGCAAGCAGCUGGAACAAGAGAAGUCAGAGAUCCAGACAGCUCUGGAGGAAGCAGAGGCUUCACUGGAGCAUGAAGAGGGCAAGAUUCUCAGAGUCCAGCUCGAGUUUAACCAAAUCAAAGCAGACAUGGAGCGUAAGCUGGCUGAGAAAGAUGAAGAGAUGGAGCAAGCCAAGAGAAACCAACAGAGAGUUGUAGAUACUCUGCAGAGCUCUCUGGAGGCUGAAACCCGAAGCCGCAAUGAAGCUCUUCGUAUUAAGAAGAAGAUGGAGGGAGACCUCAAUGAGAUGGAGAUCCAGCUCAGCCAAGCCAACAGGCAGGCAGCUGAAGCCCAGAAACAGCUGAAGGCUGUUCAUGCACAUCUGAAGGAUGCCCAACUUCAACUCGACGACUCUCUGCGAGCCAAUGAUGACAUGAAAGAGAACCUAGCCAUCAUUGAAAGACGCAACAACCUCCUUCAAGCUGAACUGGAGGAGCUCAGAGCUGCUCUGGAACAAACCGAGAGAAGCCGCAAACUUGCUGAGCAGGAGCUGCUGGACGUCAGUGAGAGGGUGCAGCUGCUGCACUCACAGAACACAAGCCUGAUAAACCAGAAGAAGAAGCUGGAAUCUGAUACAGUCCAGCUUCAAACAGAGGUUGAGGAUGCGGUUCAGGAGUGCAGAAACGCUGAAGAGAAGGCCAAAAAGGCCAUCACUGAUGCCUCCAUGAUGGCAGAGGAGCUGAAGAAAGAGCAGGACACCAGCGCUCACCUGGAGCGCAUGAAGAAGAACAUGGAACAAACCAUCAAAGACCUGCAGCACCGUCUGGAUGAAGCUGAGCAGAUCGCCAUGAAGGGAGGGAAGAAGCAGGUGCAGAAGCUGGAGGCCAGGGUCAGGGAACUUGAAAACGAGGUUGAAAGUGAGCAAAGAAAAGCCGGCGAUGCUAUCAAGGGAGUCAGAAAGUAUGAAAGACGUAUCAAAGAGCUUACUUAUCAGACUGAAGAAGACCGUAAAAACCUGUCACGUCUUCAAGAUUUGGUGGACAAGCUGCAGCUCAAGGUGAAAUCCUACAAGAAAACUGCAGAAGAAUCUGAGGAACAGGCCAACACCAACCUGACUAAGUUCCGCAAGCUUCAACAUGAGCUCGAUGAGGCUGAGGAGAGAGCAGACAUUGCCGAGUCUCAGGUCAACAAGCUGCGCGCCAAGAGCCGCGACAUGAGUUCAAAGAAAGGGCAAGAUGAAGAAUGAAGUUGUCCCUUGAAAAGGCUUCCUGUGUGACUUCAGAGACACUUGUGGACUGUGUUAAAGUGUCUCCCUAAGCAUGUCUCCUUGUUAAGUAGAAUAAAAGUAAUCAGCAUCCCAAACUGUGUUUUCUUUUUUUCCUCAUGAUAAUUAAAAUACUAAAUUAAACUGAUUAGAUUCAAUGCACUUAGAGUACAGUACAUAAGUGCACAUUAAGAAAGAAGAUCAAUUUUAGAAAACAUGCUUAAGAACAUACACACAAGAUUUUACAGGGAUAGUCUUACAAUUUUUAAGCAACAUUGCUUUCUGGAUGUUACAAAGCAUGGCUUUUAAAGCAAGUCCUAACAUAGAGCUAAAGAGAAUGACAACACAAUUUAAAAGCUCAAAAAACUUCACAAGGGCAAUUUUUUCCUAAAACUCUGAUAACUGAUUUUUGUUACAAGAGGAACUGUUUCUCUGUAAGAGCUAAAGUUAUAAAAUGAAUCUAAUUAAAAACAUCACAGACAUGUACUACUCAUGAGAUUUGCACAUAAUUUCACUAUUUUUUGCUUAGAGUAAAAACAUUAGCAACUACAAAAAAAAUCAAACAAAAAAAGAUAAUAGAGUAGAAUUUGUACAAAAAAUGUUUUUUUUUCCAUUAACCAAAUUAUUCAUUCAUUCUUUCAUCUUCUUGGCCGCUUUGUCCCUUUCGGGGUCACUGGACAGGUCGCCAGUCUGUUGCAGCUAACCUAAUUAUUCAUAAUGAUUUCAAUGAAACCCUUUCAAAUACAUAUAAAUACCGGUAAUAAAUCUUUCAAAUAAUAAAUACAUGGAGGCUGCAAACACCUAUAACACAAAUGCAUAGCAGUUCCAUUUGUUCAGGGUUGGAUUGUCAUAAAUGUGUUAUAGCAGCUACUCAAAUGCUUAAUUGACCAGGAGAGGGCGCUGUCUAGUAAUAAUCACUUUUUAUAACAGUGAAGGUACAUUUCAGCAAAAUUUGCUGUCUUUUUAUUAUACCUCUGGUAAUAAAUUUUUUUAUAAACUCAAAAAAAAUAUACUUUUGUGCACUUGGAGAAAUAAAUCAAUGUAAGGCUCAUCACGGUUCGAUAUGUACUAAAAAUAAAAAAAAGAAAGAAAAGCAAACAUUAUAGCAGUUGUGAUACACUAAGCAGUCUGAAGGGUACACAAGGCCUCUUUGAGAGAACCCGGGGUAUGCCAUAAUGGAGUGUGGGCUGUAAAAUGAACAGACUUAUAGACUUAAGUACUAUAAGAUGGUGAAAAAUAUUUUACAGUUCUAACUGCAAUUUAAAACAGCCAGUGUUUUACUUUAGCUCAUUUUUAAAGGAAAUCUUCCAGCAGAAACAGAAUACAUUUGAAGUGACUCAAAGAUUUGUGUUUCUCUCAGAGAAAAUGUUUGCUGAUUUGUUCUGGUUUGAUCAAAUGUGACUAUUAAAAGUGAGUAUCACACCUUUAAUAAGUUCAAAUACUAACCUUCACAUCAUUUCGUGAGGUCUGACAACAGACUUCAAAGGAAGACGUUUUGGCCACAAGUCAACAUAAAGUGCAACAAAUCAGACCUACAGCAUCCAAACAUAAAUCCCCCCAAAAAAGAGUCCAUUAAUGCAACUCAUCAAUCAAUUUACACAAUUUUCAAAUAACUUUGAAUGCAAAUGGUACUUACUGUUAUCUCCCCUUGAAUCAUCAGCAGUGCUCAGGAUGCGAGUCCACACCAGCAUUCAUAGUCUGAAAGAGUGAGGAGAAGACAAGGACAGACAGGGAUCAGGUCCUGUGAGCUUCCAUCAGAACUCAACACCUCUUAGAAGUGACCUUUCACAACAACGAAGAUCACAUUCUACCAAUAGCUUCUCUGGCUCCAGUUUCAAACUUAAGUGGGACAAGGUGUCUCACACCUUCUUUUACACAUGUGAUCGAAAUAGCAAAAUGCACAGCCUAAAAACAGCUGAGAAUGACACUGGAGUUCCUUUAACAGAACAAAGGAUGAGCAAACAAGGUGAAAAUUGUAAUGCAAAAGGAAAAAAAAGUAGCAAAGAUUGGGAUUUCAUGUCUUUCAAAAUUUGACUUUAAUUGAAUUUAAAACUCAUAGCCAAAGCGAAAAAAAACAUGUUUUUUGUAUGUUAUUUUUUUAAGUUUAUCACAUUUUUACUGGUAUUCUUGAUUAUUCAACAGUAAUUUUUAACACAUUCUUGUAUAGGAAAUGAUAAAAAAAAAAAAAAAAAUCAAACACAUAUAGCUAUACAAUUCAUAGGCGAUUGAGUACUCAUCAUCUGCUGUUGCUGGUCAAGAGGGUGGUAAAAUAUUGCCGUGACAACCUGCGUCACAAGCUGUCCCCAAGCUAUUCUCUAAACCCCCAAGCCCUCAAAGGCAGCCAGCAGGAAUUUCACAAGUUAUCUUUGUGCCCAAGGAUAAAGAGAAGAAAACAAUGCCAUGUCAAUAGGAGCAGCCAAGGGCAGGCGACUCAUGUAGCUUUUGGACACAUGCCCAAAAUAAAGGUCACUACAACAUUAAUCUAUUUCAAUCCAAAAGGUGUUGUAUUUUAAGUUUUUGAAGAAGCUACCUGUGGAAAUUUGCUUUCUUCGCAGAACUCUUAAAAAGUGUUAAACUGAAUUCUAGGUUUAAAAAAGACAUGAAAAGAUAUCAUUACCAAGAUAAAUGCUUUAAUAAGUCAAAUGUUUCUUUGCAUCUUUCACCCUACCUAAAAUUAAAAUUAGAUUAAAAAAUCACAUUUGCAUUAACAAUUAAUGCAAUUAAAUAAAUAAAAAAAAA